CGAUUCGAUCCGGCGGCUUCGUGGCGGCGCGCGGCGGGAAAGUUGAGCGCGAGACGCGGCGAUGGCGGCGCAGGAGCAGCAGCAGCAGCAGCAGCGGCGGCUGUUCUGCAGCGCCGUGUCGCUCCUGUUGAGGGCCAAGGACUGCGACGACAGGAGAACAGACAUCAGAGUAACAGUUGAGCUGCAGUCCGUUGCCAGCCCAAUCAUCAAGAAGGAUCUCACAGUGAGGCUAACAGAUGACACGGACCCUUUCUUCCUCUAUAGCCUUCAUCUUGGAGAUGAAGACUUCCAGAGCCUAAAGAGCCAGCAGGGUCUGCUCGUGGACUUCACAUCCUUCCCGCAGAAGUUCAUUGACCUCCUGCAACUCUGCAUCCAGGAGCAGGACAAAGAUGUGCCUCGGUUCCUUCUGCAGCUGCAAUGCCCAGGUGCAGCAGACCGUGGCAGCACUGCCUGCCUCUCAGUGGUGGAGACGAACCCUUUCAAGCACUUGACGCACCUCUCUCUACGUCUGCUCUCGGCCUCCGACGGCGAUCUUAAAAAGUACCUGGCUUCCUGCCUGCGCAGCCUCAAGAAUGAGAAUGCUGCGCUGGAGACCAGGUUACAGAAAACCGAAGAGGACCUAACAAAGAGACUCGCCUAUGCCCAGCAAACCCUGGCAGAGCGGAGCCGUGAGCUGGAACGCGUGCGAGCUGAGUGGUCGAGCCAAAUGAGCGAGAUCUCCUCGCAGCAUGGACGCGAGAUUGCCACACAGAGAGACAAAUUCCAGCAGGUGGAGGAGGAGGGCCGGCGCCGGCACGAGGAGGAGCGACGCGAACUGGAAGCCGAGCAGCGGCGCUUACGCUCGCAGCUGCAGCAGCGGACGUCGCAGGCUGAGGCCUCUGCACGGGACGCUGCCGAGCGGCACCGAGCAGCUGACACGGCGCUCAGGGAUGCACGCACCAGGAUCGGUGCCCUCGAGGAGGAGAGUGCUCGCGUUCAGCAGGAGGCAGCGUCGCUGCGCCGUGAGUCUGGCGCACGUGAGUCUGAGCGUCGUGACGCCGAUGCAGCGUUGGCGGCCCUGCGCUCGCGUGUGAGCUCACUCGAGCAGGAGGCGAGAGACAAAGAGCAGCUGGUGCAACGCAUGGGGCAAGCGCUCGACACCACGCGGCAGCAGCAGAAAAAGCUGGAGGAGAGUUUGGAUGAGAAGCAGGCGCAGGGGGGAAAGCUUGAGACAACCAUCAAAUCGCUCUCCGAGGAGCUGCUCAAGGCAAAUGACAUCAUCAAGCGUCUACAGGCCGAACUGAAGGCCCAGGCGGGCAAAGUGCGCCUCAAGAACGCCGUCACCACACAGCAGGAGAAGCUGUUGGCGGAGCGUGAUGCCGGCCUCCAGCGCGAGCGUCAGGAAACCGCUGAGCUGCGUAUCGCGCUGUGCAACAAAGAGGAGCAGGCUGCAAAACUGAGCGAGCAGUUAGAGGCGACAGUGGAGAAGUUGGAGGAAAGUAAACAGCUACUGAAAACCAACGAGAAUGUGAUUUCAUGGCUCAACAAGCAGCUCAAUGAGAACCAGAGCACUGGCGUGGGGGGACGGGCUGGGGCCAGGGAGCGGCAGAGAGACGACGACACUGCCCUGGUGUACCGCCCAAGCCACCCAGCUCAGCCCCCGGCCACUUCGAUGGGGUCUCCACUCACAGGCUUCCAAAUGCGGAACUUCACCGUCAAACACAGGCCUGGCGCCCAGAUGGUCACCACAAGCACACCACUGUUGGAGGCGCCUUCUCACGGAGGGAGUGGGGGGGUACUCCCUCUCACAACGACGGCCCCCCUUUCUGCCUUCCCUAGCCGAAACCUGAGUGACCCAGUCGGCCUCGAUGCCAAGUAUCUACAACGACGUGACGGUUCUAUUCCUGUGCGGGGGGUGACUGGUUUGGCCAUGACCCGUCCAAUGGCUCCGAAACCAGGACCUCCUCCACCUUUGUCUUCCUAUUUCCCAGCAGCAGCUACCACCACCCAGCAGCAGCAACAGCUACAUUUGCAACAGUCAGCAUCCUGACAUCUCUGUGCCACUGACACAUAAUUGAUGCACAAUCUCGCAACUGGGUGCUGUGUUGGCUCGCUCACUCCAUCCAUUCCACAAGUUAGAGAAUCGUCGUCUCUAUCGGACACUAAUGUGUUGCUGGGAGAAUUUUUCCGGUUUUUGUUUUCAGUUGGCUCUGCCAGUUGGUGGUUGUUUAUUGGUCGCCCGGAGUGAGACGUCCGUGAAGGAAAGGAAUGCCUGAGGAAAGAGCAAGUGUCGGGUUUUCAAGUUGUAGGUUUAUUUUGUUUUAUCAGGCGAUAACUCAAGAGUGACUGAUAAAAAGAAUUACAUAAAAAAAUACAGCAGAGCAAAAACAACCAAAUAGAAAUGACAACAAAAACCAUGUUACAGAAUAAAUCAAACAGUGCACAAACAAAAAUUGUUGGAUUGGACAAGUUAUUUUUUAAAACACUCAAGGUAAAAUUGCCCAAUGCUGACUUUGUGUACAUCCUUAGCUUGGUGAAAAUCUGAGCAGUACUGGUUGAAACAAGGAGACACGAACCUUCCUGGGAUUGAGAAUUCCGGUAGCGGAAGAGG